AUGUCUGAAGCAAGUUUAGAAAGACUUUUUCAUGAAAUUGUACCAUCAAAAGAUACUCCACAUGCUAAAGUAUCAAUUAUCGGAGUUGGACAAGUUGGUAUGGCAUGUGCAUAUUCCAUUCUUCAACAAAACAUUGCUUCAGAAAUAGCAUUAGUUGAUGUUGUAGCUGAUAAACUUCAAGGUGAAAUGAUGGAUCUUCAACAUGGACUUGCAUUUACAAAACCAUGUACUAUUAAAGCAGGAACUGAUUAUAGUAUAACUGCUGGUUCUAAAAUAUGUGUUGUUACAGCUGGAUGUAGACAACGUGAAGGAGAAACUAGAUUAUCACUUGUUCAAAGAAAUGUUGAAAUUUUUAAAGGAAUUAUUCCUAAGAUAGUCAAAUAUUCACCAGACACCCUUAUUAUGGUUGUCUCAAAUCCAGUUGAUAUUUUAACAUAUGUAACAUGGAAAAUUUCUGGUCUUCCAAAAGAAAAAGUUUUUGGAUCAGGAACUAAUCUUGAUUCUGCUCGUUUCCGUUUUUUGUUAUCUGAAAAAUUGAAUAUUGCAACAUCAAGUUGCCAUGGAUGGAUUAUUGGAGAACAUGGAGAUUCUAGUGUUGCCGUUUGGUCUGGUGUUAAUGUUGCUGGUGUUCAAUUGAAUGCUGUUGCAGCUAAUUCUAAUGAACCAGCUCACGUUGAAAAAUGGGAAAAGGACAUUCAUACUCAAGUAAUACAAUCUGCUUAUGAAAUAAUCAAAUUAAAAGGAUAUACAUCAUGGGCUAUUGGUCUCUCUGUUGCUAAUAUUGUCAAUGGAAUUAUGAAGAAUAGUAGAAAUCUUUAUGCACUUUCUACUAAUGUUAAUGGACUUCAUGGUAUUUCUGAUGAUGUUUACCUUUCAUUACCUGUUGUCUUAGGUGCUAAUGGAGUUACUCAUAUUGUUAAACAAACUUUAAAUGAUAAAGAAGUACAAAAGUUACAAGCUUCUGCAAGUCAACUUUUAAGUGUUCAAAGAGAAAUAACAUUUUAA